UUGACCGCAUUCUUUUACUGCCCUGAAGUUUUAAAUGCUACAUCGAACAUAUGUAGAAGCUGCCUGAAAUUACAAUAUUUUGAAGUGCCUGGAUGUUAAAACAUAAGUUGCAGUAUGUCAGAGGAGCGAGAAAAAGACUCUCCAUCUGAGAUGAGUCUCUCAGAGAAACAGAGUGUGAAACCAGGUUCACAUGUGUCCAGCUCUGUGUCUAUAAAGAGUGACCAGUCAAAAGGAAUUGAGGAGAACUUUUGUGAGAAAAAACUGACAUCUACCAAAAGUGUAAGGUCAGACUCACAUGUGAGUGACCAGUCAAAAGAUGACAUGCCAACCAUCAGUGAGAGAAAAACACCACCUCCCAAAAGGAACCAGAAGAAUUUUGAAGAUAAUCUCCCAGGGAUCUUCCAUGAUCUUGAGGGCAAAAUAAACAAAUUCCUGAAGAAUGAGCUGGAAAAGUUUAAGAAAAUUUUACAAAAGGAGAACUUGCAAUCUUUUGUGAAAGACUUUAAUGAAAAUAGAUGCAGUAUCAAAGAAGCAGCUCUUGAUCUCACACUACACUUCCUGAGAGAGAUGAAGCAAGAUGAAGCUGCUAAUACUUUAGAAGAUGAUCUCAUCUUCAUUCAUCAGCUAAAAUUCAGCCUGAAGAAGAAGCAUCAGUGUGUAUUUGAAGGAAUUGCAAAGCAAGGUGACUCCACACUUCUGAAUAGCAUCUACACAGAUCUCUACAUCACUCAGGGUUGUAGUGAACAGGUCAAUAUUGAACAUGAGGUAAGACAGAUUGAAGUUACUUCCAGGCAUCAUGAAUCACAAGAAAUACCAGUUGAAUGCACAAAGAUGUUUAAAGCACCUGAACAAGACAAGGAGGUCAGAACUGUACUUACAAAGGGAGUUGCUGGCAUCGGAAAAUCAGUCUCUGUGCAAAAGUUUGUUUUGGACUGGGCUGAAGGAAAAGAAAAUCAAGAUAUUAGGUUUAUAUUUCCUCUUCCAUUCAGAGAGAUGAAUUUAAUGGAGAAUGAAAAACAAAGUUUGAUGCAUCUUAUAACUCAGUUUUUCCCAGAGUCAAAAGGACUGAACCUUACAAGAAGGAAUAAUUUUAAAGUACUGUUUAUCCUUGAUGGUUUGGAUGAAUGUCGUCUUCCGCUGUAUUUUGAUGGUAAUGAGACGUGGUCUGAUGUAUCAUCACCAGCCUCUCUUGAUGUUCUCCUAACAAACCUCAUUAAAGGAAAUCUGCUUCCUUCUGCUCUCAUCUGGAUCACCACCAGACCAGCAGCUGCCAGUAAGAUUCCUCCUGACUGCAUUGACCGGGUGACAGAGAUAAGAGGAUUCAAUGAUGCACAAAAGGAAGAGUACUUCAAAAAAAGAUUCACAGAUGAGAAUCAGGCCAAAGAAAUCAUUGAUCAUGUUAAACAAUCAAAGAGCCUCUUCAUCAUGUGCCACAUCCCAGUCUUCUGCUGGAUUUCAGCUACUGUUCUCCGGAAUAUCUUAGAGGAGAAAAGAUGUAACGACGUAAGAAAUCAGUCUGCUAAUACCUCUAAAGCACUGCAAGAAUCAAAUACUGAAGACACUCCCAAGACUCUGACACAAAUGUACACACACUUUCUCCGCUUUCAAAUCCAGCAGAGCCGUCGAAAAUAUUAUGGAGAAUACACACCAGGUGUUUCUUGGGAAAAAAAGGGUGUUCUUUCACUGGGGAAACUAGCAUUUCAACAGCUGGAAAAAAACAACCUGAUCUUCUAUAACACAGACCUGGAAUCCUGUGGUAUUGACAUCUAUAAGGCAUCAGUGUAUUCAGGCAUGUGUACCCAGAUCUUUAAGGAGGAAACGGGGAUCAUUUUUGGUACCAUGUACUGCUUUGUUCACUUGAGCAUUCAAGAGUUUGUUGCAGCACUUUAUGCACAUGUCUUUCUGGACAUUAACAAGAAAAGUGUUUUUUUUCAAGAUUCUGCAGAACAGCAAAAAAAUGAAAUGAUUGAUUUGCUUAAGACUGCAGUGGAUGAGGCACUCAAGAGUGACAAUGGACACCUGGAUCUUUUUCUUCGCUUUCUUCUUGGUCUGUCACUCCAGUCCAAUCGACGACUCUUACGAGGUCUGUUUACACAGCAAGAUGACAUUGACCAGAGCAAAAAGGAAAUAGUGCAGUACAUCAAGCAGAAAUUUGAAGGUAAUCUGUCUCCAGAGAGAUCCAUCAAUCUGUUCUACUGUCUGAAUGAACUGAAUGACCAAACUCUGGUAAAAGAGAUUCAGACCCACCUUAGCAAAGGAAGUCUCUCAUCUGGUGACCUUUCACCUGCCCAGUGGUCUGCUUUGGCCUUUGUGUUGUUGACAUCAGAGGAGGAGCUGGAGGAGUUUGAGCUGCAGAAAUUCAAGAAAUCAGAUGAAUGUCUCAUUAGAUUAUCAGCAGUAAUCAAAAACUCCAAAAGAGCUCUGUAA